CCGUGACGUAUAAUGGACUGGACGGACGCUUCUUCAGGAACAACAAGGCGGCUACUCUUUCAACCACCUCUUUAGCUUGCUAGACAACAUAAAACUGAAAGAUUGACGCUUUAGAUCAUCUUAAUGUACAUUAUCUAAUCUCAGUGUUUUAAACACAAAUCUGUUGACGCAUUAACUGGUUAACUGUAACCUAAUUUGCAAACUUGUUAUAUAUUGAUACUGAGGUUAGCACUAGGCAAGUCGCUAAUAAUAGCUAACUAGCUAGCUAGCUACCAUCCCUUACCAUGAGCUCACUAAACUACUCAUCCCCUGCUAAAGAAGAGGAGGUUUGCCGUCCGGAGAAAGAAGCUCUGGCGCUGAACAUUGUCGUGGAAGAUGAAGAGGAGGAUGUUACAGUGAAAGAAGAGAAAGAACCUUUUAGAAUGAAAAAGGAGGAAGAUGAGACUGUUAUAGUGAAGGAAGAAGAUGCUGUUAUAGUGAAAGAAGAGAAAGAAUAUUUCAGAAUGAAAAAGGAGGAAGAGGAGGCUGUUAUAGUGAAAGAAGAUAAUGAACAUUUUGGAGAGGAAGGGGAUCCUAUCUCAAUAAAGGUGAAGGGGGAAGACGUUUUGGCAGUGAAAGAGGAAGAGACAGAAUAUCAGAUUAACACCAGAGAGAGACAUGACUAUCGUGGAUCCUCUGGGAAGCCUCAACAACAUCCUGAUGCUGGCAAGGCUGAGAAGAGUCUCUCCAGAUCAGAACACCAGAUGGACAACGCUAGCCCUUCCUCCCUCCUGGAGUCCCCGUGUCAUGCCUUUCCCGGUAGCGCCUUACUGCUGGGUAUAAAGAGGUUGUCUGUGCUGCUGGUGGACUGCAGGAAAACAACGGGGCUGAGUGGAACUGUGAGAGGAGGAGAAGAGAAGAAAGGAUCAGAUUUGACACAUCAAAGAGAAAGACCAGACUCAGAGGAACCAGAGCCAGGGACGUCCAAACCAGCAAGACGACACCAGUGCUCCCAGUGUGAAAAGAGUUUUAACCACAUACGUAACCUGAAAACACAUAAGAGAAUACACACAGGGGAGAAGCCUUACCACUGCUCCCAGUGUGGAACGGGUUGUAACCGGUUAAGGGACCUGAAACAACACGAGAGAAUACACACAGGGGAGAAGCCUUACCACUGCUCCCGGUGUGGAAAGAGUUUUACCCAGUUAUGUAACCUGAAAACACAUGAGCGUAUACACACAGGGGAGAAGCGUUACCACUGCUCCCAGUGUGGAAAGAGUUAUACAACAUUUGGGAGCCUGAAAAUACAUGAGAGAAUACAUACAGGAGAAAAGCUGUACCACUGCUCCCAGUGUGGAAAGAGUUUUAACCAGAAAGGAUACCUGAAACAACAUGCGAGAAUACACACAGGGGAGAAGCCUUACCACUGCUCCCAGUGUGGAAAGAGUUUUAACCAGAAAGCCCACCUGAACCAACAUGAGAGAAUACACACAGGGGAGAAGCCUCACCACGGCUCCCAGUUUGAAAAGGGUUUUAACAAGUUAAGGGACCUGAAACGACAUGAGAGAAUACAGACGGGGGAGAAGCCUCACCACUGCUCCCAGUGUGGAAAGAGUUUUACAAUGUUGGGGAGCCUGAAAAUACAUGAGCGGAUGCAUACAGGAGAAAAGCCGUACCACUGCUCCCAUUGUGGAAAGAGUUUUACCCACUUAAGUAACCUGAAAACACACGAUAGAAUACACACAGGGGAGAAGCCCUACAACUGCUCCCAGUGUAGAAAGAGUUUUACCCACUUGUGUAACCUGAAAACUCAUGAACGAAUACACACAGGGGAGAAGCCUUACCACUGCUCCCAUUGUGAAAAGAGUUUUACAGAGUUAGGUAACAUGAGAAAACAUGAGAUAAAACACAGAGGAGAUCAAGAUGUUGGCUUCUGAACAGCAUGACAUCGGGAAGAUGAAGGCUUCUGAACAGUGGGACAGAUAAAGGUCCAAUACAUGGUGGGUCAGUAGUCCCCAGAGACUCUGAAUGUGUCUUGACUUUCCAGUGUUUUCCGUACUCCGUAUAUCAUAUUUUGUAUAUCGUACUCUGUCCUCAAUUUGAGAGAAAAAAAUCCAAUUAGAGCAGUUUUUCCUCAACUCGGUCCUUGGGGGAUGAUCAGCUUUACUAUUGAUCAUAGAUUGUAGAUUCCAUCAAUGUAAUUGUCUGCAUCAUUUCCAAUUACCCAUAUAUUUUGGGGGGGUAAAUGUACAUAUAUACUGUUAUCUCAGAAUGAUGUUGGGGAUAAUUAGGUAGUAAACUCCACCAGAAAUACAUUAACAUGUAUGACUUUACGUUAAACAAUCAUUUUCACUCAUGACUACUGGUUUCAAUUGACAUUUUCAUCAAACUAACAAGCAAAUAUUUUAUGAAUUUAUUGUUACAAAUCAACUUGCAAGGUUUCUAGCUAACUAGCCUUACCAGCCUGCUAACGUUAGCCUUACCAGCCUGCUAACGUUAGCCUUACCAACCUGCUAACGUUAGCCUUACCAACCUGCUAACGUUAGCCUUACCAGCCUGCUACUGUUCAAAACUUUUAGAACACCUAAUUUUUUCAUGUACUCUGAAAUUAAAGCAUCGAACAAAUAAACAAUUGGAGACAAAAUGAAUAAAUAAUGGAAUCUUUUUAUUUAUCAAAAUGUAAUCAACAUUUUUUGACUCAGAGCCGCACAUCAGGGUAUAAUCACCCUCUAGGAGCUCCAAGCUGUCUUCAUCAGGGUAUAAUCACACUCUAGGAGCUCCAAGCUGUCUUCAUCAGGGUAUAAU